AUGGAGUCUGUGAGAAUGAGUGGAGAACGAAAAUGGAGCUUCAGGAUUUCACGUAAAGAUUUAACAAUCUGUGAAAUGAAUUCAAAUGGUGAUGGUGGUUUUGCUCAGGGACGAUCUGCAAAUCGUCCUCCAUUGUUUUGUGGCAAUAACUUUCCCCAUUGGCGCUCAUUGAUGCAAAUGUUCGUGAUAGAUCAAGAUUUAGAGAUUUGGGAAAUCAUUCAAAAAGGCCCAAAAGUUCCAACAAAGAUUACAGAAAGUGGUAUUACCAUUCCAAAAGAAGAUAGCGAAUAUACCCAAAUUGAUCUAGAAAAAGUUUCUAAAAAUUAUCGCGCCAUGAACCUGCUUUAUUGUGCUCUAGACGCAAAUGAAUUCAAUCGAGUUUCUGCAUGCAAAAGUGCAAAAGAAAUCUGGGAUAAACUGGUGGUAACUUACGAAGGAACCAGCCAGGUGAAGGAAACCAAAAUUAGCAUUUUCGUGCGUCAAUAUGAGCUGUUUAAAAUGACGCAAAGUGAACAAGUCAAAGAAAUGUUCACAAGAUGGGGUCCUAAAGUGACGGCUAUUGAAGAAGCUCAAGAUCUGAGAACUCUGUCUCUGGACGAUCUUCUUGGGAAAUUGAUUACCCAUGAAAUGUCCUUGAAUGAAAGUGAUGGAGAGCCACCCUCAUCAACAAAAGGGCUAGCUCUCAAGGCUAAGAAAGAAGAAUCCUUCACUGAUAAUGAAAAAAGUGAUGGAGAUGAAGAAGAUCCAUUUGAUCAAAUUGCUAGAAGUCUUCAAAGAAUUCUAAAGAUGAAAAAGAAGUUCCCCAGGGGCAAUGAUAAUGGCAAACAACAAAGAUAUAAAGGCAAGCCAUUUAACGAAUUCAAGACCUUGAAAUGCUACGAAUGUGGAGAUGAUAAUCACCUUGUGAAGGACUGUCCGAAAAGAAGAAAAAGGCAGUCAGGAAAAAGAGAUUAUAAGAAGAAAGUUAUGGUUGUCUCAUCAAGUGACUUAGAUUCAAGUGAUGAAGAUAAAUCUAACCUUUGUCUUGUGGCGGAUCACGAUGAACACCUCCAGGUAAUCGUAAACAACUUAAUCUCUAGUCCUACUAAUGUUCUUUCUGAUUUUUUACAUAACAUGAUUAUGAAUGAAGAAAGCUUAAUUCAAGAAUCAAAAAUUCUGAAAGAAAAGUUAAGCAAACAAACAAGCGUAUCUGACAAACUGGCUAAGGAAUUAGCUGAUCUCAAAGCAGCCCAGUCCACUUUUGAAAACAAGGUCAAGGCCUCAGAGUCAGCUUUUGACACUAAGGUCAAGGCCUUGAAAACUGAAAAUAUUGUUUUAAAACGUAAACUUGCUUCUCAAAAUUAUUAUAUUAAUAAUCUUGAGAAUGAAAAGAAAACGUUAACUGGGAAAUACAAAGAGCAGCAUAAUGCCUUGGUUAGAUUUACUAAGUCAAAAGAAACUCUUGAUAAAAUGUUGGGUGAACACCAAUCAUCCUUAAAUAAAAGUGGUCUUGGAUACAAUAAAAAUUUUCCUAAGAAAAACCCGACCACUUUUGUGAAAGCUAAGGAUAAUUGGAGAACUCCCACAUGUUUUUACUGUUGCAGAAAGGGUCAUACUAAGUUAACAUGUCCUUUUAGAAGAAAUGACCCUCAUAUUGUUAAGAAUUCUUUUCCUGUUUAUUUUCGAGACCAAGUCAAGCAAAUAUGGGUUGUUAAAGGAACCCGACCACCAAACAUGGUCCAUCCUGACUAUGACUCCAAAUUUGCAGGCUGGUCUAGAAAGGUUUAA